AUGCUUAUACGUUUCCUAAAAUCAUCAGUUAUUAAUGUUAAAAUAAUUGUGGAUUCUUUACUUACUUAUUAUUUAGCAACGCAUGGCAAACUUUUACCGGAACUUCAAUGUAGAAUUACUGGAGUGUUUGUAAUAUUAAUUGUACUGGCAAACGUUUUGUUGGGAGCCUGUAUUUCAAUAAACACAUUUAUAAGGGUAUGUUUAAAUAAGCACCCAGGUUUAGGGAAAUACGAUUGGAAAUUAUUAUCACCUGUCAUAAUAAUAAGUCUUAUUUCUACGUCACCAAGUAUCGAAAGGUGUGGGUCUAGAGACUUGCAAGGCACGUUAAUACUAUUGACGUCAACUGUGGUCAUAAUAACGUUUUGUUAUGGAAGUAUACUUUAUAAAGUCAAAAAAAUUGAUCGACAAACAUUAAACGGUAAAAAGCAAGGAAACAUACGUACACGUGUAUACAAAAAAAUAGCUGGAUAUAUUUUAAUUUUGAUUUUUCAAUGGGCUCCUUCUUUAUCAAGAUUUGUUUAUAUCUUGUUCUCGCCGACCACACCGACUUGGCUUUACAUUUUAAUAGGCGUAACAAUAAAUUCAGGCGGUAUCGCGAAUGCCUGCAUGUAUCACUUCCAAGAAGCAUUUAAAGAAGAGUUCAACUCUUUUUCAUUAAAAGGUACGAUGGAUGGUAGUAGUAACGAAAAUAACCGUAUAGAACUUCAUGAAAUACCAAUUGCAACUAAAGUAGAUUUUUAUAAUGACGAUAAUAAUAAAUUAUGA